AUGUCAAAGCUCUUCCAACCGCUUCAGGUUGGGACAGUCCAACUGGGCAAUCGAUGUGCAAUGGCACCAUUGACCCGUUAUCGGUGCGAUGAUGAUUGGGUGCCGCUUCCGAUCGCUACAGACUAUUAUGCUCAACGGGCAGCCGUUCCAGGGACUCUUCUUAUCACCGAGGCCACACUCAUAUCUGAACGAGCCGCCGGGCGGCGAAAUGUGCCAGGGAUUUGGAAUGAGUCUCAAGUCGCAGGCUGGAAGACCAUCGUGGAUGCCGUGCACGCGAAGGGUUGCUACAUUUUCUGUCAAUUGUGGCACCUCGGUCGAGCAGGUUGGCCCGAAGUCCAUGAGCAGUUGGGUUAUAGACUGAAGUCAUCAAGUGCCGUGCCUAUUGAUGAGACGAGAGCGGUACCGGAGGAAAUGACAGAGGAGGACAUUUGGGAAUCGAUCGGAGACUACGUGUCAGCUGCGAAGAGCGCUGUCGCUGCUGGUUUCGACGGGGUUGAGAUCCACGGCGCAAACGGCUAUCUCGUUGACCAGUUUCUUCAGGACACCUGCAAUAAACGCAACGAUGCUUGGGGCGGGUCGGUUGAGAAUAGAGCUCGAUAUGCUAUCGAGGUCACACAAGCGGUGGCCCAAGCAAUUGAUCCCUUUCCGACAUUUGAGUAUGUUGUCAAGCAGUUGAAACCAUUGGACCUGGCGUAUCUGCACUUAAUAGAAGCACGCAUAACGGGAAAUGAUGACAGCGACUGCGGCGGCAGUAAUAAUUGUGGCUUCCUUGUCCGCGCUUGGGACAAUCAGAGUCCUGUGCUGUUGGCCGGAGGUUUCAAGCCUGACAGCGCACGGAAAGUGGUGGAUGAGACGUAUAAGGAUUAUGAUGUCGGCAUUGUAUUUGGCAGGUACUUCAUCUCCAAUCCAGACCUGGUAUUCAGGAUCAGAGAAGGCUUGGGUCUCGUUGGCUACGAUCGGACGCACUUCUACACACCAAAAGUCGCGCAAGGUUAUUUGGACUACCCGUUCAGCCUGCAGUAUCUGGCUCAAGUUGGCUAG